UGCGUUUGCGCAUAAUCUCUGCCUGCGUUUGCGCAUCAUCUCUUCCCAACUCCCCGUAGCUUCAUCUCAAAAAAAAAAAAAACUCCCCGUAGCUUGAGGGACCGCUCUCGCUCAUCGCAAUGGGCACCGAGACGUUCGUCACCGACGUGGCCUUCGAGGACGACGUCAUCACCACCACCGUCACGUCCUCCGGCGACGCCGUCGUGGCCUGGCUCCGCAAGAUCCGGUACGCCUACCGCUGGGUGUACCACAAGCUCAUCGUGGGUCUGGACGUGGAGUGGCGCCCCAGCUUCGGCCCCGGGUACAACCGCGCCGCGCUCCUCCAGCUCUGCGUCGGCCGCCGCUGCCUCAUCUUCCAGCUCCUCCACGCCGACUACAUCCCGCGGUCCCUCGAGAGCUUCCUCGCCGACCCGGACUUCCGCUUCGUCGGCGUGGGCGUGCAGGACGACGCGGACCGCCUCCGCAACGACCACGACCUCGUGGUGAACAACACCGUCGACCUGCGCGGCCUCGCGGCCGACGGGAUGCGCAGGCCGUGGCUCCGGCAGGCCGGGCUCAAGGACAUCACGGGCGCCGUCAUGAGGGCCAACCUGGAGAAGCCACAGCGUGUGAGGACGGGGGCCUGGGACGCCUACCGCCUCUCCCAUGAGCAGAUCAAGUACGCCUGCAUCGACGCGUUCGUUUCCUUCGAGGUCGGCCGGAAGCUCCUCACCGGUGACUACUACUGCUCCUCUGAUGAUGAAGAGGAGGAGGAGGGGGUGGAAGAAGAAGAUGGCUCCUACUACUCCGAUGAGUAUGGCUCCUCUGAGGACUACUGAGGUGAUCGAUGGCCGUUGUCCCGUGUCCUGCUCGCGUUUAGACUUACUAGUUGUUGAUCUCGUAAGGUUAAACAGUGGAUGGUUUAGGAGUAGGAGUGUACCUGCCAUGGUGAUAAUCAUGACUAGUAGCUUCUUGUGGCUAGAUCUAGCUUGGUGCAAUGGCAACUUGUGCUACUUGUGAAUUAUUAA